AUGCCCGUCGCCUCCAAUUAUCCGACGGUCGACAUCCCCAAUGUCGACCUCUGGUCAUUCCUGUUCGAGCGCAAGGACAGGCCUUUCCCAGAUGACAAAAUCAUCUAUCAGGAUGCCGAAUCCCAGCGUCACUACACCUACAAGACCUUGAAAGAGGCCUCUCUGGAAUUUGGAAAGGGCCUAAAGGCAACCUAUGACUGGAAAAAGGGCGAUGUAUUGGCCCUCUUCACUCCGAACAGCAUCGACACCCCCGUGUUGAUGUGGGGUGCGCUCUGGGCCGGAGGCAUCAUCUCCCCUGCCAACCCGGCUUAUACUGUCGAGGAAUUAGCCUUUCAGCUAGAGAACUCUGGCGCCAAGGCUCUUGCGACACAGGAGUUUCUCCUACCUGUUGCGACGGCUGCAGCCAAGAAGGCUGGCAUUCCCGAGGACCAUAUUAUGCUUGUCGAGCGCGGUGCCGAAGGAGGUACCUAUCGCGCCAAGCACUUUACAUCCGUCAGAAAUAUCUCCCGUGCCACUCGGUAUCGCAAACAAAAGAUCAACCCAGAGACCGAUAUUGCCGUCUUGCCCUACUCCUCGGGAACCACCGGAGUUCCUAAAGGAGUUUGCCUUUCGCACCGGAAUAUCAUUGCCAACAUUAUGCAGCAAGCCACUGGAGAAGGAGGCAAUCUGAGCUGGAACGGAGGCCCGAAUGGGGAAGGCGACAAAUUGCUGGCGUUCUUACCAUUCUAUCACAUCUAUGGGUUGACAUGUCUGAUCACACAGGCUUUGUACAAGGGAUACCACCUUAUUGUCAUGACCAAGUUUGAUAUCGAGAGGUGGUGCGCGCAUGUACAGCACUACCGUGUCACCUUCAGCUAUAUUGUGCCCCCUGUGGUUCUUCUGCUGGGCAAACACCCCGCGGUUGAUAAGUACGACUUGUCUAGCUUGCGGAUGAUGAACUCCGGCGCCGCGCCACUGACCCAAGAGCUUGUCCUCGCUGUGUGGAAUCGUAUCAAGGUCGGAAUCAAGCAGGGAUACGGCCUCAGCGAGACUAGCCCCACCACCCACUCCCAGCGGUGGGAAGAUUGGCGCGACCACAUUGGCUCCGUUGGUCGUCUGAUGCCUAACAUGGAGGCCAAGUACAUGACCAUGCCAGAGGAUGGCUCGGAACCGAGCGAGGUCGCAACCGGCGAAGUUGGUGAGCUGUACCUGCGCGGGCCCAACAUCUUCCUCGGCUACCACAAGAACGAGGCCGCUACCCGGAACUGCUUGAGCGCAGACGGUUGGUUUCAAACCGGUGACGUGGGAUACCAGGACGCCCAGGGUAACUUCUUCAUCACGGAUCGUGUGAAGGAGCUCAUCAAAUACAAGGGUUUCCAGGUCCCUCCUGCCGAGCUGGAGGGUCUCUUGGUGGAUAACGAGGCCAUCGAUGAUGUCGCGGUAAUCGGAAUCGAGAGCCAAGCUCAUGGGUCCGAGGUGCCCCUGGCCUGUGUUGUUCGCAGCGCGAAGAGCAAGGCUUCUGGCGCAAGCGAGGAGGAGGAAGCGUCCAAGAUUGUCAAGUGGCUAGAUAGCAAGGUUGCGCACCACAAGCGUCUGCGUGGUGGUGUGCGCUUUGUCGAUCAGAUCCCCAAGAACCCUAGUGGCAAGAUCCUGCGUCGCAUGUUGAGGCUGAAGUUCAAGGAAGCGGCCGAGGCACCCAAGGCCAAGCUAUAA